AUGAAGAGUGAAUGGUCUAUAGAUAAUGUUAUAGAUUUUAAGAGUGAAAGCACUCAGACUGAUCUCAGUUCAGUUGAUCAGAAGAGUUCAGAAUCAGAGCCCAGCUGUAUGUCUAUUAAGAGUGAUCAAUCUGUGGGUCAUCAAAUAUACUUUACAAGUAGAGAUACACAGUCUGUUCUCAGCCAUGAAGUCCUCAACAUGUUUAAAUCAAUUCUGAUGAAGAAGUUUGACCGUCUGUAUGAGGGACCAGCGAAGCAGGGAAACCCAACACUCCUGAAUGAGAUCUACACAGAGCUGUACAUCACAGAGAGUGAGGGUGGAGAGAUCAGUAAUGAACACGAGGUGAGACAGCUUGAGACACAAUCCAGGAGAACAGUAACAGAGGACAUACCGAUCAAAUGCAGUGACAUCUUUACACCUUUACCUGGACAAGACAAACCCAUCAGAACUGUGCUGACAAAAGGAGUCGCUGGCAUUGGAAAAACAGUCUCUGUGCAGAAGUUCAUCCUGGACUGGGCUGAAGGACAAGAAAAUCAGGACGUCCAGCUCAUAUUUCCACUUCCUUUCAGAGAACUCAAUCUGAUGAAGGACAAAACACUCAGUCUUUCAGAUCUUCUUUAUGUAUUUUUCCCAGAAACAAAAGAAAUUAAAAUUUCCAGUAUCAAAUAUAAAGUGUUGUUCAUCUUUGAUGGUCUGGACGAGUGUCGUCUGUCUCUGGAUUUUCAGAGCGGUGUGAGGUUGUGUGAUGUAAGUGAAUCAGCAUCAGUGGACGUGCUGGUGAAGAACCUCAUUGUGGGGAAUCUGCUUCCCUCUGCUCUCAUCUGGAUCACCUCCAGACCAGCAGCAGCUGAUCUCAUCCCCUCUGAGUGUGUCCAUCGAGUGACAGAGGUACGAGGCUUCAAUGAUCCACAGAAGGAGGAAUACUUCAGGAAGAGAAUCAGAGAUCAGAGUCUGGCUGAUAGGAUCAUCUCACACCUGAAGUCAUCAAGGAGUCUCUACAUCAUGUGUCACAUCCCAGUCUUCUGCUGGAUCUCAGCCGCUGUUCUGGAGAAGAUGUUGAGUCAAGCAGAGAGUGGAGAGAUUCCCAAGACUCUCACUCAGAUGUACACACACUUCCUGAUCCUUCAGAUUAACAUCAAACAUGAGAAGGACUAUGAGAAGAACGUGACAGAUGAAGACAUGAUCCUCAAACUGGGGAAAGUGGCUUUUCAGCAGCUUGUGAAAGGCAACCUGAUCUUCUAUGAGGAAGACCUGAGAGAGUGUGGCAUUGAUGUGACAGAAGCAUCAGUUUACUCAGGAUUGUGCACUCAGAUCUUCAGAGAGGAGUUUGGCUUGUAUCAGGGGAAAAUCUUCUGCUUUGUUCAUCUGAGCGUUCAGGAACAUCUAGCGGCUCUAUAUGUGCACCUCUCCUGUACAAACCAAAACAUACAUUUGUUUGACCAAAUCACCAAACAGACUUUGCGAUCUAAAGUUAAGGACUGGUUUCAACACAAUUCCUCAAAAAAGGUUUCAUUAUCUGAGUUGCAUCAGAGUGCAGUGAAUGAGGCUCUGCAGAGUAAAAAUGGGUAUUUAGAUAUUUUCCUGCGGUUCCUUCUAGGUCUGUCACUGGAGUCUCAUCAGAUUCUCAUACAAAGACUAAUGAAACAGACAAGAAGCAGCUCUGACAGCAAAGAGGAAACAAUUGAGUACAUCAAGAAGAAGAUCAGGACUAUUGACUGUCCAGAAAAGUCCAUCAAUCUGUUCCACUGUCUGAAUGAACUGGGUGAUCAUUCACUAGUGGAGGAAAUACAACAGUAUCUGAACUCUGGAAAAAUAAAGGAACGCAAACUCUCUUCGUCUCAGUGGUCAGCUGUAGUUUUUGUGUUGUUGACAUCAGAAAAUAAGCUGGAUGAGUUUGAUAUUAAUACAUUUGCUAGUGGAAACAAAAAACUGAAAGUUUUUCAUAAGCUGCUGCCUGUGAUUAAAGAAUCCAGAUCAGUUAAGUUGAAUGAUUGUGGUCUCACAGGUGAAGGCUGUGCUGCUCUGACUUCAGUUCUGAUAGCAAACCCUGAACACCUGAGAGAACUGGAUCUGUCUGGGAAUAAACUAGGAGAUUCAGGAGUCAUGCUGCUGUCUGGUGUAAUACUGAAUCCUGACUGUAAACUGGAGAUACUGCGGUUGAGUAAGUGUGGUAUAACAGGUGAAGGUUGUGCUGCUCUGGCUUCAGCUCUGAGAUCAAACCCUGAACACCUGAGACAAUUGGAUCUGACUGGGAAUAAACUAAGAGAUUCAGGAGUCAUGCCACUGUCUGUUGUAAUACAGAAUCCUUUGUGUAAACUGGAGAUACUGUGGUUGAAUGAGUGUGCUCUCACAGAUGAAGAUUGUGCUGCUUUGGCUUCAGCUCUGAGAUCAAACCCUGAACACCUGAGACAACUGGAUCUGUCUGGGAAUAAACUAGUAGAUUCAAGCAUGAAGCUGAUCUCUGCUGUGUUGGCGAAUCCUCAUUGUAAAGUGGAAAAGCUGUGGUUGGUUGAAUGUUGCAUCACAGAUGAAGGUUGUGCUGCUCUGGCUUCAGCUUUAAGAUCAAACCCUGAACAUCUGAGACAACUGGAUCUGUCUGGGAAUAAACUAAGAGAUUCCAGCUUGAAGUGUCUUUCGACUGUACUGGUGAAUUACUGCUGUAAACUCGAAAAACUGUGGUAA